AUGCCCCAGGAACGCCUCCCGGGAGGCUGCUGCAGCCUUUGCCGGCACCCGGACGCCGGCAGAAGGCUCCAUCAGCGUCCGGGCCCGGCGCUGCCAUGGCAGCAUCCGGCGACCGGCGUCCAGCCCUGCACGCCAGCACUGGGGCCACAAACACCGGCGUUUGCUGCCCGGACACCAGAGCUGUGGGCCCUUACGCCAGCGCAGGUCUUUGCCAGCCUCCUGAAGGCUUGGAUCCUGGCCGCCGACGCAGCUCAGGAAUGCGCUGUCAGAGAGGAGGUCCCCCCUUCGCCCCCCUCCACCAAGCCCGGGGCUUCUUGCUUCGCGACUGGGAAGGGAGCGGAACGGGGCCGGGCGGCUCCUCCGGGCUCGGCGCGGGACUUUGCGAGCGGCGCCCCCGGUUCCCCUUUCCCCGACUCCCAGGCAGCCCCCGGAGGCGAGGAUGGCGAGGCCCCGGGGGCUCCGGAGCCCCCCGAUCGGCACCCUUCCUGGCCCUCCUGCUGCCUGAACCUCCCUGGACCAGGGCAGACCUAUGAGGAGGCCUCCGGAAGGGACUUGAAGAGGAGAUGCUGCCGGGGGAAAAUCUUACUCCUCUGUGCCGUGCUGUUCAGUGCUGUUCUUGGCCUUGCGCUUCUCAUUUUCUUCACCGUCUUUACCUGUGGCCUGGAAACCUGCAACACCGCAGAGUGUCUGGCGCUCAUGACAAAGUUGCUGGAAGCUCGGAAUGGUACUGUGGACCCAUGCGAGGAUUUCUUCAGCUAUACUUGUGGCAACUGGGAAGCUAACCGCACACAAGGGACAAACGUCUUUGAUGCCCUCUUGGAAGAAAACCAGCUGAUUAUGAAGAGGCUCUUAGAGGAGCCGCACCUUGGGGCCAGCAGUUCAGCAAAGGAGAAAGCCAUACGGUUUUACGGCUCAUGCAUGGAUACAGAACGGAUUGAAGCUCGCGGUGCUGAGCCCUUGAAGGAGCUCAUAAACGAGGUUGGUGGCUGGAGCAUCACAGGCUCCUGGAAAGAGAUGGACUUCAACCUAACUCUUCAGAGACUCAUGAAAACAUACAACACAUUCCCCUUCUUUAAAGCCUACGUGGGACCCAGCUCCUCCGAUCCAAACAUCAACAUUAUCCAGAUUGACCAUCCAGAAUUUGAGUUGCCGCCAGAAAGUCACUUCAAAAAAACAGCGAAUUAUCCUGAGGUCGUACGUCUCUAUCUGUCCUACUUGCUGAAGCUGGCGGCCUUGACAGGAGGAAAGCAGAACCUGAUGUCCAGCUACAUCUCCCCAGCGCUGUCUUUCAUUUCCUACCUCCAGAAGGUAGUCACCCCGCUCAAGGAGAGGCAAGAGAGAAGAAUGUUGUUCUACCCCACCACCAUUGGACAGCUGCAGGAGGAGGCUCCCGCGAUCGACUGGCUGGCGUGUCUCCAGGCGGCUUUCCAUCCGGUGCAGCUGAACGCAUCUCAGCCCAUCGCUGUGCAUGACAUGGAUUAUUUGAAAGGCAUGUCACACCUGAUUGGACAGUGGCAGAAGAAGAGGGAUAUUCUACAGAUCUACAUGAUACUCUGCCUGGUUGUGAAUAUGUCCCCUGCCUUAGACAGACGGUUCCAAGAAGCUCAGCAGGAAAUGGCCAAUAAGUUAACUGGCAGGGCGAUAGAACCGGAGAUGGUUAGAAGGGAUCGUUGGAGGAAAUGCCUGAGUGAGACCAGUACAUUCUUUGGCCCUCUACUUGGAGAGAUGAUCGUGCGAGAGAUUUUCCCCCAGAAGGCCAAGGAUCUCGCUGAGCAGAUGUUCUUCGAGAUCCGAGAUUCCAUCCACAGCCGACUGGAUCAAAUGGAGUGGAUGGAUGCCCAGUCUCGCCAAGAGGCCAAGGAGAAAGUGUAUGGGGUCCGGGUGGAGAUGGGCUACCCGGAGAGCAUCCACCAAACAGAGGAAAUGGAUCGUGAGUACCAAGAGGUGGAAAUACUGGAAGACAACUUUUUCCACAAUGUGGUCGUUUGCCUGACAUUUCUGAGGAAGAGGUUCUCGCAGAGACUCAUCCUUCCCCAUCUGCAGGAUAAUUGGGAAGUGGUCCCGUGGUCUACACAUUCGUACUACUCACUGAGACGCCAUGCUGUCGUCUUCCCUGCGGGAAUGUUCCGCCCCCCUUUCUUCCAUCCUGAAUAUCCCAGUGCUGUGAACUUCGGCACAAUGGGAUUCUUCAUGGCACAUGAGCUGCUACACUGCUUCUAUGAUUACGUGUGGCCCGAGACCUGUUCAGACUGUGACAAGCAAGCCCUGGCCGAAGGCACAGACUGUCUCGUGAGACAGUACGAGAGGUACUCCCUGAAGGGCCAGCGCAUCAACGGCUCCUUCACCCUUCUGGAGAACGCAGCGGACACCGGAGGACUUGCUAUCGCUUACCAGGCCUAUAAGAACUGGUUGGCCAAGCACAGAUGGGUGAAGGACUUACCUUGGCCUGGGGUCUCACACCAUCAACUCUUCUUCAUCAGCUUUGCCCACGCAAUGUGUGGGCACGAGAGUCUCGAGGGACUGCAGAGCUUCUUACGCAGUGACCCACAUAGCCCCCCGCCGCUCCGCGUCCUUGGCUCUUUAAGCAACAGCCAGGAUUUCUCCAGGCACUUCCACUGUCCGAGUAAGUCGCCAAUGAAUCCCGUCCUUAAGUGUCGCAUCUGGUAAAACAAC